AUGGUCUCGCACAUGCCUAGCUCGGUGUCGCGCGCCAUGAAUGCACGGGGGCCCAAGCAAGCCUCGCACGCCUUCGGCCGACGCCAGGCCGCUAAUCCCUUGCGACGUUUUCCGGCCAUUUCCUCCGGGAUGGCCUGUGCCUGCGUGGCCGCUUCGAGGCGGAGCGUGAGAAGUGCUUCCUCCGAGCCUCGCGAGGUGGAGGUUUGGAGCUUCAAUCUUCGGACAGAGAAGGCGAAGGAGGCCGAUGCCGCAAAUUCUUGGGCCCAGAGGCGAGACGAGGUUGCUCUCUUCAUCUCUAAGUACAGCCCAGCGAUCGUUUGCGCACAGGAAGCCACUGGAGCCAUGCUGUCCCAUCUCUCGGACAAGUUGGGAGGAAGGUAUGCAUGGAAAGGCACAUCUCGAAAGCUGGAGGUUGAAGAUGAGUGUGCGGGGUUUCUAUUCGAUGCGGAGCAGGUGGAGCUCGAAUCCCACGGAUGUUUUUGGCUGGCGCCUCCCGGGACACCUAAAGGUCGUCCGGGCUGGGACGCCAAGCUGCCCCGCACCUGCGAGACGGCGGUCUUCAGGAUGCUCUCCCAGCCCGAGCUGAAGCUGCGGGUGCUGAACACGCAUUUCGACCACCAGGGGGUGCAAGCGCGCCAGGAGUCAGCCGCCUUGCUGAAGGAUGACAUCCUCUCUUUUGCGGCAAGCGACCCCGGCUGCCCGCAGAUCCUUUGCGGCGACUUCAAUUCCGCGAAGAGCAGCGUGCAGUACGCCAUCCUCACUGAGCCCAGCGGGGAGACGGCGAUGCAGGAUGCCCUUCGCAGGGUGCCCCCGGAUGGUUUGGAUACCGCAGGCGUGGUAAGCACUAUUCACAAGUGGCAGGGAGUGUCUUUCACCGAGGAGAAGGGAGACGGCACUGUUGACCUCUCUGAUGACUCGGCAUUUGACAGUCGGCACAUUGACUGGAUUCUUUGGCUUGAUAGUUCGCCACAUGCUGUGGAAUCCACAGUACUCGAUCCCCUCAGCUGCAGAGUUCUGACGGACACGCUGCCAAGCGGGCGGUAUCCUUCGGACCAUUUUCCGCUUAGUGCCACUUUUGCUGUGAAUUCGCUUUCCAACGUUCCGAGUCGCUUGUAA